AUGUUGGAAUUAAUAAAGUCUUGGAAGUUGGAUGUUCCCUCGAGGAUUCAACAUUUUUUCUGGCAGAUUGGGUUGGGUACUCUUUCUGUGUUAGAACGACUUGCGUUUUGGGGUGUCCGGUGUGAUGCUUUGUGUAAGAGGUGUGAUGCUGCAGUCGAGACUAUAAAUCAUGCGCUGUUUGGAUGUCCUCGGUCAAGACGUAUUUGGGAGAUGUCUCCAGUGGUGCUAGAUCAGGGAGGUUUUCCAUAUGACUCGAUCUAUGCGAAUUUAGAUUUCAUAUUCUGGCGGGCUUCUUCACAAUCUGGGGUUCCAGAUAUAGCCCUUCGUCUUCCCUGGAUUAUAUGGUCGAUUUGGAAAGAUAGGAACAAAAAAGUUUUCCAAGAUAUCGAGUUAGAGCCAACGGAAAUCUUGAAUCAAGCGGCUAAUGAUAAAUUAUUGUGGGAGGAGGUCAAAUCUUACUCGGCGCAUUAUCUGGAGUCUCCGCCUUCAAUGGAGGAGAGAGGUCCCUUUCCCCGUUGUCUGGUUGAUGGCUCUUGGAAAUGUACGAAUCCUUUUCAGGGUCUGGGCUGGUGGUGCUGUAGUGGAGAAGAUACAACGCUUCUUUUGGGAGCAUGGAGUCAACGAAGAAGCCUUACUCCCUUACAUGCGGAAUUACAAGCACUGAUCUGGGCUAUGGCUUCCUUACUGGAGGCGGGAGUUGGUUGCCAGACUUUCGAGACGGACUGUGCAAAGUUAGUUGCGAUGGUGCAGACGCCGGACGAUUGGCCCGCUUUCUCGAAUUUGCUGGAGGACUUUGCUUUGCUCCGUACUUCUUACCCUUCCUUCACCCUAUUCAGGAUACCACGAGAGGUCAACGUAAGGGCGGAUUGUCUUGCUCGAUCUUCAAGAUCUCUAAUCUCUGAAUCAUCUUUUGUAAACUCUUUUCCUCCUGUUUGGUCAACCAAUCUUGGAGUCUUAUUUUAA